AUUGUUUCGCGCCUCGUUCGCACCACCACACUACCUGCAAUGGCUUCCAUUGCGCGUUCAAUACUGCUACCCCAAUGUGCGUCAUGUACGCGACGCUUUACGAGACUCGGUCUUGACGGCUGGGGCUCGCUUCAGCAGCAGGUGCGCGGCAAGCAGAAGCUGGUCAAGCCAUCUGACUCUGUUGCCGUCAAGUUGCUGAAGAAUGUCAAGGGGUAUGGGCGGAGGGGGGCCUAUAUCCCCAUCUCUCCCGCAAUGAUGCGAAAUCACUGGUUCCCCCAGGGGAAGGCCGCCUACGUCCUACCGGAUCAAUUGAAGGAGCUGAAACGCCAGAAAGUUACCAUAGAGCGAGACUUUGAAUUCGGGAUGGAGCAGCCCAAGGUUGAGAAGACAGAGGAAGAGGUGGAGUUCGAGGCACAGCACUACGUGAGGCCGGUUGAAAUUGAGCUCUUGAGCCCCGCACGCUCUAUGGAACUCAUCACAAUAUUUACGCCCUCGACGAUCGACUUCGCUCGGCAACCAAUUGAAGACGACAGUUCCUCCUCGGAUACCUACCUAGGCGCAUCCGACUCGGCAGACAUCCUUGCAGCUGCAGAGAAGGCAGAAAAGAAGGCGUCAGGCAUGGUUGGGAUAUACGGUUCUGUGACGACGGCAGAUGUUGCCACGAGCAUACGGCAAUCGCUGGCGAACAACGACGAGGCUGCACGGGUCAUUCUCGCCGAGAACGACAUCCGGUUCGUUGAAGGCCUUGUGGACGGGGAAACGUCGCGCGUCAAACACCUGGGCAAGUUCAAGGUGGAGAUCCAGGUCAAGGGUGCGGAGCAAGCUCUCAUACGGUCCGUCCGCGUUCUACCCCAGAAGUGACAGCCUCGCCGCGAAUCGUGGAGGAGUGGGGCUCCUCUGGAGAGUGGCUUGCAUAUAAGAAGGGCCCGCCUGCUGCUUGAGCACACUGGACAGGAGUCUUCAGCGGGAUAGAGCGUCGGCUACCGCAGGGCGUGUUCGGAACCUCGACCGGGCUUGUAGCGCUCGGCCGCGGAUCAUUUCCCGGGGACCUGUGUACAUAGUGAGUGGUGAAAUAUAUUCUGUGGUGUAAACAACCAUGUGCGGGUA